ACAGAAGAAUAAUUAAUGUUUUGCUUUGUUUUUAGGGCAGUUACGGACCCCCGAGAUGGUAGAAGAGUCGCCCUCAAGAAGCUGCCCAACGUGUUCCAAUCCUUGGUAUCGUCCAAGAGGGUAUUCCGUGAGCUCCAGAUGCUGUGCUUCUUCAAACACGAAAACGUCCUCUCAGCAUUGGACAUCUUGCAGCCCCCUCACUUGGUCUUUUUCCAAGAGAUAUAUGUCAUCACGGAACUGCUUCAGAGCGACUUGCACAAAAUCAUCGUCUCACCGCAACACCUGUCCUCGGAUCACAUCAAGGUCUUCCUUUAUCAGAUUCUGAGAGGGCUGAAGUACCUGCACUCGGCAAGGAUUCUCCAUCGGGAUAUAAAGCCGGGCAACCUACUCGUUAACAGCAACUGUGUCCUUAAGAUUUGUGAUUUCGGCCUAGCCAGGGUCGAAGAGCCGGACACGAGCAAGUACAUGACACAGGAAGUAGUGACCCAGUACUACAGAGCUCCGGAGAUCCUGAUGGGUGCCAAACACUAUACGGCCGCCGUCGACAUCUGGUCAGUCGGCUGCAUUUUCGGCGAGCUCCUCGGAAGGCGGAUACUCUUCCAAGCACAGAGUCCUGUUCAGCAGCUCGAACUGAUUACGGAUCUUCUCGGGACACCGACGUUAGAGGAUAUGCGGCAUGCUUGCGAAGGAGCGAAAAACCAUAUGCUGAGAUACAGGACAAAACCACAGGCGUUGAGUGCCCUUUACACCCUCUCCCCGCUGGCGACCCACGAAGCAGUACACCUCUUAUGCCAGAUGCUCGUCUUCGACCCGGAUAAGAGGAUAUCUGUCCUCAACGCCCUGGCCCACCCGUACCUCGAUGAAGGACGCCUGAGGUACCAUUCCUGCAUGUGCAAGUGCUGCUACACGACGAGCAACGCGAUGAGGCAGUACACGGUCGAUUUCGAGCCCUUUUCGCAACAGACAUUUGACGACCUCUGGGAGAAAAAGCUCACUACUGUACGGCAAGUUAAAGAGGAGAUGUACAAGUUCAUAAUGGAGCAGCUGAAGUCGAACCGGGUUCCUCUUUGCAUAAACCCGCUGUCGGCUGCCUUCAAGAGCUUUGCCAGUUCGACGAUAGCACAUCCAUCAGAGCUACCCGUCACCACACCAAUGGGAGUGACAGUGACAUCUGCAUCAGCCUAGGUUACUCUUCCAUUGAAUUACAGGCAAAAACUAAAUUGAAAAGAAACAUUCAAGGAAAGGACAUAACUAGUUUUAUUUAAAGGAAAAAUAAAUAGCCCAACAAAGAACUUAGCUGUCCAUACAUAAAAUUGAUUAGUGUUUCGUCGUGUAGUAUAUUUUUUUGUAUGUUUUUUCACAAGGGUACGCUUUAACAUAGAGCUGCUGGACUGAGACUUUUGAAUCAGAUCUUUCAAAACUUAAGAUUUUGAGAGCCAGUAUUAGUGAAAAGAAAUCAAAUAUUAAAUUUAAAUGUGAGGCUUUCAGUGUAGGUUUUCCUUGUCACUCGUUUUCUCCUAGGUAAACUUUUUUCCUCUAAUUGUUUAUUUGUUAAAUAGACUAUGCCAAAACACUUCACAAAAUAAGAUGACCAAGUAUUGAUAAAUGUUUAAAAUGAGAAAAAAAUUGAAUAUUUAGUGUUUGUAAUGCGAUUUUCAAUGUAUUGCGAUUAUCACAUUUUAUCAAAUAAAAAAUGGAGAAAAUUGUAUGUAAAUAUUAAUUUUUGAGCAUAUUGAAAAGAAAAAAACUUCUCCGCCAAAUAAAAUUUAAAAAAAAAUUGUAUUUAAAUCGAAAUCUUAAAAAGAAAAAAUGCAUAAUGUAGAUAUUAGACUAAUGUUGAGACAAGACUUACCCAUCAUUUUUAGGGGUUUUCAUUUAACUUUUAUUAUUUAGUUUAGUUUAAGAUUCCUUGAAAAUUAGCCUCUUUAGCAUCUUUAGUUAUUUCUUUCUUUUUGAUGUAUAUACAAAAUGAUGUAUCAUUAUUGCGCAAUUUUUUUCUCAAGUAACUAUAACAUGAUGUUGAUUUUGGUGGCCUAAUUGAGUUUCUUAGGGGAAAUAUGUUUAUGAGUAGCAUGUAAGUUUUUUUAAUUCAGUGAUUAUCUGAAUGCACUCUUUUUUUAUAUAUAAUUUUUUUGAUCUCAAAUCAAAAAGUUUUCAAAUAUUUGCAAUUGUUAUAAAUUCCCUCAUUGAUAAAACAGUAAAAAUUUUAAAUAACUAUAUCAGAAAUAUAAUUUUCACUUAGAUUUAAAAAAAUUAAAGAUUUUCUUUUUCAAAAUCACUUUUUUUAGACUUUUUAAAUGCUUCUUCUCUGGGGCGAUUUAUAACAAUAUUCAGGAUUUUCAGAUUAAAAAGAUAAGAAAAAAGUAAAAUCUUUCUGUAUAGAGAAAAUUUCCAAAGAUCUCAUAAUUUUUAAUCAUUUCCUCAUUUCCUCUAUCUUUUCUUUCUUUUUAAGUCUUUCUUUUAAGUUGGUAAGCCAUAGGGGGAAUGAUUGCAACUUAGUUAUUUGUGCGUAAUGAAUUAUCUCAUUUAUUAUAUUUCUUUUCUCCAAUAAGAUGUAACAAAAAAUAAAAAUAAAAUAAAAAUUCUGAGUAUUAUUUUUAUAAGGUGUUAGGUUAAUUGGGUAAUUGUAUGUGUUCUUUGGUGUUAUAGUAAAAAAAAAAAAAAUAAGAUUAUUAGAUUAAGCAAACAGCAUAAACCCUUUUUUCAAACCAGAAAAAAAGUAUAAAAAAAGUAUAAGUUAAAAAAAAUUUAAAUGUAAAAACGUAAGCGUUAGCAAAGAAAGAAUUUCAGGGUUAAUGUUCUUGAUGUUUCGCUUAGAUUAUUGUGAUUGAAUAGAGAUUUGUAAGGGCAUUGUAAUUGUGGUUCUAACUUUUUUUUUCUUUUUGCAAUUUAUAUUGACUGAAUUUACACACUGCCAUAUUAAGGCUCUUUAUUUGCAUUCCUCGUUAAUAAGCUCAUUUCAGUUUAAUUAUUUUUAUCAAUUUACAUUUUGUUUGCUCACAACAUACACCGAUUCACCUCUGCGCCGUAGAGCAGUUCUUGAAUUCUGCCCUUUUUUCGGCAUGACCUCGUUUCGCCCGAUGUAUCCUCUAGCUGGACGAAGCGAUGAUUUUUGUAAAUAGAGAAGUGAUUUUUUGUACAUAUUCCAAUUCGAGGGUAUUUAGUGUUAAGGGUCAUUGGUAUAUGUAUUUGUGUUAUGCCUUUAAUUGUAAGCAUUUUUUCGUACCCUGCACUAUUUUUAACAUUUCCCCUCUUCCUUGACAAAAUACAUUUCUUUAAUUUUUUUGUCCUUUAUUAUUUUUUUAAAACACAAUUUCAUUUUAGUUUAUUUGUAAAUAUUUACUAAUUAUUGCUUUACUGAUGUCCUUAUUCGCAUGAAUGGCAAAGGAUAAAAUGAUAGACUUUAUACUGUUAAGCACAUAGUUAUUGUAUAUAUAGACAGUGUUGUAUAUAUUAUCCCAUAGGUUUGAUACUAAACAAUGGAAAGAUUUAAUUAUAGUGUAGCUAGUUUAGCCCUUAGCUAUUUUGCUGACAGUCUGUGAAUUAUGAAUUUCUAUUAAACUUGAAACUUUACACACAAAAAAAGUGAUAAAAAAACACAUUAUCGAUAUAAUAAAUGUGGGUGUUUGUUCGUUUUAUCGGUGUAUUUUGAUUUUUUUGGGAUUAGGAUAUUUAUAUAGUAGGCAUCCAAUUUAAUUUGUACAACGGCCGACUAAUUGUCCACAAUUGUAUUAACAAAAUAGUAUAUUUUCUUCUAUGUAAUUAUGAAUAUUUGGAAGGAAUUUAACUAUAUUUAAAAAAAUUGCAUUUAGGGAUAAAGAGGAUUUUCAAAAUAGUAGACCACUCGCUAUUGUGAUGUUUAGAUAAAAAGAAUUAAAUAAAAAUAUAUUAUCGUUAAUAUAUCCUUCCCUGGCCUCAUAGAAUAAGAUUUGUGAUUGUAUUUCAGCCCGUAUUCAUUGUGUCUUCUUGUCAUUUACUUUUGAAAGAUAAAUGUUAACUUUUAAAAAUAAAAAAACUUUUAAAAAAAACACCAUUUAUGUAAAUUUAAAAAAUAAAGUAAUAAUAAAUAGCACUAAUAUUUCAAAAUCUAUAAAUGUCUAUUUGAAAUGUCUUCAAUAGUAUCAUGUUGUAGCUUUUAUGGCAAACGUGUUUUUUGAAAUAAAUAAAAUGUAUCUUUUGCGAUUCACUACUGUCGAUAAACUGUCAAUUAUAGGAUUCAAUCUUUGGCAGUGCGUUAUUUGUUUUCCGAUUUUUUUUUUUUAAUUCAUGUUUUAUCUUUUUUUAAAGUAAACACGAUUCAUGUUUAUAGGUGAUAGGACAUAGUGUGUAAUAGAUUAGAUUGCACAUACUUGGUGUCUAGUAAAAAAAAAAGAUGUGUAUCGAGUGAAUCUUAAAAGAUACCGCAAAGGGUUGCAACGUUCAAAACUGUUUUAUUAUCAAAAUCCUCCCGUCGAUAUCGAAAUACACCUAACUUCAAAAUAAAAAAAAUUUAAAUUUAAACCAAUUAAACUUUUAACAACGAACACACUUAUUAUAGGGGUCCUAUAUUGAUUGCAACUUCAAAGCCAUGUGAUAAAACAAAAAACUUUUCUCUCUUUCUUCUCUCUCUCUUUCACUCUCUCUUGUAAUAAACAUUUUUACAUUAAUGUUUUUCUCUAUUUUGUUUUAUUAUUUCAUCAGAGUCUGUUGAUUUGAACAUGCUCAACUUUGUAAAUAGUUUAAUUACAACCACGCUUUUUACAGCAAAACAGAAAAUGGUGAAUUAGUUGUUAAGAAGACAAAUAGAAAAGUUAAGAAGUGAUUGCAACCUACUUAAGCAUUAAUAAAUAAAUUACUAAAAUAAAAAUGAAAAAGGUGUGCUUGUUUUAUUUUUUAUUCUAGAUGUGUCGUUUGUAUCAAGUACCUCUUUCAUAUUAAUUAACAUAAAAGGGAAAAAGAUAUGAAAUAGUAUAGCUAGCUAUUGAUUAAUUAGUGACUGGUUGUGUACUUUGAGGCCUUCUAGAUAGAUGUAUUUAAAAAACAUGGUAUAUCUGUUUAAUUAUUAUAAAUAAGGUGACCUUCCAGACUUAAAACUUUAAAAAAAAACUAAAUAUAGAGAAACAUUGAAUAAAUAAAUCAGUUAAUUUUAGAUGUCCAUUUGUAGUAUUAGUAUAAUAAAAAAUGUAUAUAUUAUAGAAAAAAAAUUUACUCUUUUAAAUAAUAGAGGAAAAUUGUUUUAUUUGAUAAAUUAAAUUUUCGAAUAUUUCUUCAUAGAUAAAUAAUUUUAGUCUUUUUAAAUUGGAAUUGUAAUUAAAAGCUCUUUAGCCAGCCACACUCAAUGUGGAUUUUUUAAAUCGAAUUCAACUUAAUCUCUAUACAUCAUUAUCGGGUCAGGGUUUCUAAUUGUCUGGAGCGUCACCUGGUUUUUAUUCCCUUUUAUUGUUUUGUUUUUGUUCCAUAUUGAUCAGGCGAAAACAGCAUGUUAAGUAUUGUACAUUGUGAAAAAAAAGUUGUAUCCAGUAUUUUCAUCACUGGUUAUAUGUCAGCUUUGAAAAAUUGUAAAAUUUUGAUGUUAAUGCCAGUUCAGUGUACUCAGAACUUAAGACGACAAAAACAACUAUGUAAUUAAAGUGAACGUGUAACAUAA